CUCCCCAAGCCCCAUCAUCUUCAGGCCUCAAUCUUUAUUCUUAAAUCUUUAGGAAUUUCCAGGCUCGGAGUUAGCAACCCUAGGGAUGUGUAUACUAUGCUGUUCUUCUCAAAUGUUGAAGGAUGAUGGAACCCUCCUCCUGUGAUACUUUUGUGGCUCUGCCCCCAACCACGCUCGGCAACAGGAUAAUUUUUGGUAAAAACUCAGAUCGGCCCUCUGAUGAAGUCCAGGAGAUUGUAUAUUUCCCUCCUUCCCAGCAUAAGCCAGGAGAAAAGGUGGAGUGCACCUAUAUAGAAAUUGAUCAAGUGCCAGAAACGUUUGCCGUUGUCCUGAGUCGCCCAUCAUGGCUGUGGGGUGCUGAAAUGGGGGCUAAUGAGCAUGGGAUCUGCAUUGGGAAUGAAGCCGUGUGGGGGAGAGAAGAAAUCGGUGAUGAUGAAGCGCUCCUGGGCAUGGAUCUUGUCAGACUUGGACUUGAAAGAGCUGACAGUGCUGAGAAAGCUGUCCACAUCAUCACUGAAUUGUUAGAAAAGCAUGGCCAGGGUGGAAACUGUAUGGAAAGCCACAUGGCGUUUACCUACCACAAUAGUUUCCUGAUAGCAGACAGAAAGGAAGCGUGGGUGCUGGAAACCUCCGAAAAGCACUGGGCAGCAGAGAAUGUGAAAGAGGGAGUGCGGAACAUUUCCAAUCAGCUGUCCAUAACCAGGGUUGAUCGCGGCCAUCCAGAAAUAAAGGAUUAUGCUAGAAGCAGAGGCUGGUGGGAUGGCGAGAAAGAGUUUGAUUUUGCCGCCACGUAUUCCUAUGUCAAUACUGCCAGAAUGACCGCAACAAGAGGCAGAUACUGUGAAGGAUAUAAGCUGCUGAAGAAACAUGAAGGCAGGAUAACCGCUGAGACAAUGAUGAGUAUCCUUCGGGACAAGGAGAGCGGCAUUAACAUGGAAGGCGGCUUUAUGACCACUGGGAGCAUGGUCUCCAUACUCCCACAGGACCCCAGCCUCCCUUGCAUUCAUUUCUUUACCGGAACCCCAGACCCUGACAGAUCUGUCUUUAAACCUUUCGUUUUUGUGCCAAACAUUACUCAGCUGCUAAAAACCAGUUCCCCAGUGUUUGGUCCGGAGGAUCCAGUUAAAAAGAAGCCACGUUUUCAGACUAAGCCAGACAGGAGACAUGAACUCUACAAAAACCAUGAAAGCGCAGCCCUCUUGAUGGAAGCUUCCAAGGACGAGGGCAAUGCACUGCUGAAACAGAUUCGAAAUCUAGAGAAAGAGAAGACUGAUGAAAUGGAGCAUAUUUUACAGAGCGGACACCUUGAUGUUGACCAAGCAGUUAACCUUUUCUCAAAGUGUGUAGAAGAAGAAAUCUGUGAAUAUAUGCCUAAGGAUUAAAAAUCUGCCAUUGUAGAAUUUGGUACUGUUUGCACUUACUCAGUUAUCAGGAUGAACAAUCACUUCCCAGAUUAGGUUUGUUUGCACUUUGCCAAUUCUGGCUAAAUAGCCCUUGUUGAGCACAGAUUGGAUUGUAAAAUGUGGCAACUAUUAAUACUAUUAGGCUUGGGACAUAGAUCUGUUAGUUAUGAGUACCACUCUAAACCAACAUUUUGGCCAUCUAAUGAUGGCGAUUUUCACUGCGCUUCUAUCUGCUGUGAUCACUUCUUGUCUGUACAUAGAGCUCAGCUUGAAGUGUUAAACAAAGUAAAGUUUAUAACACAAAUAGGUUUCUAGCGAGUGGUGUAGACAUAGAAUUUCUGAUUGUAUUGUUUCCCAGUGUCUUUAACCAUGGUUAACACAAAGCCAGGGUUUGCUGUUAACUAGAAUUUGAACACUACAUGGUUUUAGGGCCAUGGUAGUAUAAUCACUAACCUUGUGGAUGGCAGGAAGAAGUUGCAUGGGAAUGCAGGGUGUAGGUGAGCUUGUGGCUCACUCCUGAUUUUAGCAUUAGACACCUAGAUAUUGCAAUGCAGAACUUUUAAGUUUUUAAUAGAAAUAAUAUAUUUCAGAGGCCCUAAUAUAAUGUGGUUAUAUAUUAUUACAUGGAAUAAAAAUAGAAGUAUGAAUGCUGUAAUGUCAGUCUGAAAAAUCUGACUGUAUGUAAAGAAUGUUUUUUUAAAUGUAAGUAAUAAUGUAAAACAAAUGAGGGUAGUACUAUUAAAAUAGCUUAUAUUGAUAAUUGGUUACUGGCUAAUUUUUCCAGUAAUGUGCAUUACACAGGAAAAAUAUUCGAAUGCCAUGAGUCCAUUUCUCGGUGAGCAGUAUUGCAGAUAUAUAAAAAUACACAUACUGUGAAACUGCAGUAAGAUAGUAAGUUGGCAAGUCUACCAUUAUAAAAAUGUCUUCCUGGCACAAAAAAAGGGGAAAAAAUGCCUGGAACAUGUGUACUGUUCCUCCAUCAGUUACCUUCCAGUAUCGCUUUCUUUGGUGUUCUGAGAAAGCUGCCAUUAUGAGCAGAACUCCAUAUCUGCUGUGGAAGACACUAUGCAAUAUUGUGCUUUUAUCACUCUGACAGUACCGUUUUUAAUGAUCGUUUAGGCAUUUUUGAGAACGUGCCUCUUCAAAGACCUACAAAUCUAAAGCACUGAAUAUAAAUAACGUUUUGAUGCUGUAUAAAGGUUUAAUGACAGUUUCCUUUAGGAAAAAAGCAAGACUUUUUAUGCAAGUAUGUCAAUGUGACAUUUGUUGCAGUCAUGUACCGGUACAGCAAAAGUUGGUUGCAUCUCAGACCCGUUGAAAGACAUGACAGAGAACAGGCAUGAAUAAAAGCCCAUGGCUUUCAGUUGGUUUUUGGUGUGAUUAUUGCCGUCUGCUUUAAGCUUGCCUGUCAUUGAACACAAGUUAAGAUAGUCCUUGGCUGCGAUCAUAUGGAGCGGAAGCUACGGCAGG